AUGGACGACGCCGAGUUCGACGCAGCGUUUGCCUUUCCGUCUGAGUUUCCCUACGAGUUUGACUCGCUUGGGGCCGAACCCCUCGAGUCCGGUUCCACCGGGACUGAGAGCAGCGACGAGGAGGACUUCUUCGCCGGGUUGACUCGCCGACUCAGUCAUGCCUCGCUCAAUGAAACCAAGAAGGAACAAGUCCUCACUGUUCCAAUCUGCAACCGUGACAAAACUGAGAGUCAGAAGAUGACUCGGGUUUUGCCGGGGUCGCCUCAGUCUAUACUGAGCGGAAUCGGAAGCUGGUCGGGUCGGAGCGGCGGGUCUGGCGAUGGAAGCCCGAACGGGUCUUCUCGAGUUCCGUCGCCUACGACUACGCCGUUUAAGGGUACAAACGAUGCGUGGGAUGUGCUGUACGCAGCCGCAGGGCAAGUUGCGAGAUUGAAGAUGAACGACGAAGUCUCUUCGAAGUUUGAGUUUCAGAACAGGGGAGUGCUUGGUGGUCUUUCUCAACCGGUAGUGAUGGAGAAUGCGUUUUUCGUGAACCAGGGUGUCCCUCAGGUUCGCUACCAGCACGUGAGACCGGAGCAAACGCCGAAGCAGCAGUGUGGUUCGGUUUGGGGGAGGCAAGAGAAGGUUGGCUGGGUGGCUCAGCAGCACCAGCCACAAGUUCAGAAUAGAGUGCGCGAUUUGCGUGAGUUUGGGUAUGACUAUGAAGCUGUGAAGUGCGCACGCGCUUUGCCUCAUUCUGCAUGGCACCCUCCUCUUCAAGUGAAGCACCAUAAUCAACAGGUCCAAGUUUUCGGAUCCGGGUCACGACCCGUUUCGCAAGCUGGAUCUGGUGGUGUUAGCAAAAGGGGUUGCGCUGGAACAGGGUUUUUUUUGCCUCGUCAAUAUGGUCCCCCUCCCCCGGAAUCUCGCAAGAAGACAGGUUGUGCUGCACCAGUUCUGGUCCCAGCUAAGGUCAUUUAUGCUCUGAAUCUCAAUAUUGAUGACCUUAAUGGCGCAAGCCAACAACGCUUCUCCAGUGCUUUCGGGGUAGACUACGAUGCAUUGUUGGCAAGGAGAAAUGCUCUUCUCUUGCAGCAGAAGUUAAGCAUGCGGCGAGAAGAGGCAGCAAACCAUGAACUUCGCUUGCCUCAGGAAUGGACGUACUGA